CACUGUUCAGCCCAGAACAGACUGGGAAGAGUGCAGGGAAUAGUAACGGGGCACGGAGCUCCACCCAAAAGGGGAAGUUACGCUCAGGGGCGGACUGACAACUCAUGGGGCCCCCGGGCAAUAGGGGAUCAUGGGGCCCCUGUGUCCUUGCCCAAACUCAAAAAAAGCCUAUGAAAAAGGUACCAGGGGCAUCUCAUGGGGUCCCCUACAGACCCCGGGCCCUCAGGCAGUGCCUGGGUUUUCAAAUGGUCAGUCCACCCCUGG